UUCCCAAAUUCUAAAGCAACUGUUGAGAGCAGGCACGUUUGUGGUCUACAUUUACUCUUCCAUUUCAAAUAUCAGCAACUAAACCCUGAACCAAGGCUUUGUUUCUUCUUCUUCGCCACUGAUAAAAAUGCACUGUUGUUCUUCUACCAAACUCUAUUCAUCAACUUCAUCUCCUCCCAUCUUCUAUCUCCAGUGACAAUGCAGGGUUCUUCAUCAGCUGCUGGUAGGAAGUUUUCGAAAGAUUGUUUGCAUCCUCAGUUGCUGUCCUCUUCUCCAUUGCCUAAUCCCUUUCUUCAACUUAAUAACUUAUCAAACGCUUUACUUCACAAAAACAGCUCAUUUAAUCUACCUUCAAGAACGUAUAGAGGAACUAUAUCAACUAAAUCUUGGGACCUUGGUAGAUUCUUGAAAACAUUGUAUUUUUUCAACGGGCCCCCAUCUCCAGCUAAGUUUGUUGAAUUCAUAAUUGACAAGUUAUCGAGUUCGUUGCCCCAAGAACCAGUGAAGAAGAUGGAAAAUUCAGGAAUUGUGCUUGUAGCUGGAGCUACUGGUGGUGUAGGCAGAAGAGUGGUUGGUAUUUUGCUGAAAAAAGGGUUGCCUGUACGAGUGCUGGCAAGAAAUGAAGAAAAGGCAAGAAGGAUGUUGGGUCCCGAUGUUGACUUGGUUAUUGGAGAUAUUACCAGGGUUAGCACAUUAAAACCUGAGUACUUUAAAGGAGUGAGAAAAGUCAUUAAUGCUGUUUCUGUGAUCGUUGGCCCAAAGGAAGGAGACACUCCUGAAAGAGCAAAAUACAGCCAAGGAAUCAAGUUCUUUGAACCAGAGAUCAAAGGUGAUUCGCCUGAAAAGGUUGAGUAUUUGGGGAUGAAAAAUUUGAUUAAUGCUGUAAAGGGGAGUGUUGCACUUCGAAGUGGGAAAUUAAUAUUUGGAUUUGAAGAUGAUAGUUUUAAAGAACUCCCUUGGGGUGCUUUAGAUGAUGUUGUGAUGGGGGGCGUUAGUGAAAGUACAUUUCAAAUUGACCAUACUGGGGGUGAAAAUGGUGGACCAACAGGGCUUUUUAAAGGUGUUGUUUCCACAGCAAACAAUGGUGGCUUUACAAGUAUCAGAACAAGGAAUUUUUCUGAGCCAGAGGAUCUUUCUGCUUAUGAUGGUUUGGAGCUACGUAUAAAAGGUGAUGGCCGUCGGUAUAAACUUAUUGUUCGCACUAGUCCUGAUUGGGAUACCAUGGGUUACACAGUGGGAUUUGACACUGUGGAAGGCCAGUGGCAAUCUGUACGGUUGCCAUUCUCUUCUUUGAGGCCCAUAUUUCGAGCACGAACUGUACUAGAUGCUCCACCUUUUGACCCUAGCAAUAUGGUGUCAUUGCAGCUCAUGUUCAGCAAGUUUGAAUAUGACGGGAAAUUAAAUCCCACUUUUGUAGAAGGGGGAUUUCAGCUUCCAGUAUCGAGCAUACGUGCUUAUAUAAAGGAACCUAUCACUCCAAGGUUUGUCCAUGUGAGUUCUGCAGGAGUUACCAGGCCUGAAAGGCCUGGACUGGAUCUUAGCAAACAACCUCCUGCUGUACGCUUGAACAAGGAGUUGGAUUAUAUUCUCACAUUUAAGUUGAAGGGGGAGGAUUUAAUACGAGAAAGUGGAAUCCCAUAUACCAUUGUAAGGCCUUGUGCAUUAACUGAGGAGCCUGCUGGAGCAGAUCUCAUUUUUGAUCAAGGAGACGACAUAAUGGGAAAGAUAUCUAGGGAAGAGAUUGCUCGUAUAUGUAUUGCUGCCUUGGACAGUCCAUUUGCAUGUGAUAAAACGUUUGAGGUUAAGAGUACCGUUCCAUUUAGUGAACCCUUUACAGUUGACCCUGAAAACCCACCCCCAGAAAAGGACUACAACGUCUAUUUCAAAACCUUGAAAGAUGGCAUUACCGGAAAAGAAAGUUUGGAACAAAGUCCAGUACCGGUCUGAUGCUCGCAUGUGGAAGGUCCACCUUCAACACUAUACCUUGAAUAUUUUCUUACAGCGGUACACCAUCAGAGCUGCUUAAAAGAGAACAUAGGUUAAGAAGAGAAAUUCAGCAUCACUAGGUUAAUGUUAGUUCAUGUAAACAUUGUAAAAUAAGUUGGUUAAGUAGAAACAAGUUAUAUCAUGUUUGGCAUGGUGAUAGGUAAUGCUCUGUACAUUUUCAUGUAUACAUAAGCAUGACAAUGCUGAAAUGGCAAAAUUCCAAAACAUCAUAUUUGCUCUUUCA